CGCGAGCAUGAGUCAGCGAGUUCCGCCGCCGUUUUUCCUGGGUGCCGAAGCCGUGGAGGAGCAUUUCCCCUCCGCCAGCCUGCUCAUCCCCGCCUUGGAAGCCGCCUUGGCGGACUUCUCCAGCGGCCCCGAGGGAGGCGUCGUGCAGCCGAUGCGCACCGUGGUCCCCAUCCAGAAGUACAGCGGGUUCUUGGGCGUGAUGCCUGCUUACAGUGAAAAGGAUGAUGCAUUAACCACCAAGUUGGUGACCUUUUAUGAGCACCUCAAGGACCCUUCUGUUCCUUCACACCAAGCAACAGUACUCUUAUUCGAUCCAACCAACGGGACUCUAAAAGCUGUCAUGGAUGGCAGCGUCAUUACAGCCAAGCGAACAGCCGCAGUGUCCGCGAUAGCCACCAAGUUGUUGAUGCCGGCCAAUUCGGAAGUUCUCUGUAUCCUCGGGGCUGGUAUUCAAGCCCGUAGCCACUACGAGAUCUUCAUGGAGCUGUUCUCUUUUAAGGAGGUGAGGGUAUGGAAUCGCACGAAAGAGAAUGCCGAGAAAUUUGCCCGCUCAGUGGCUGGACCCGUACAAAUCUGCUCUACUGUCCAAGAGGCUGUCACUGGGGCAGAUGUGAUUAUCACAGUCACUAUGGCAACAAAACCGAUUUUACAUGGAGAAUGGGUAAAACCUGGGGCCCAUAUCAAUGCUGUCGGAGCGAGCAGGCCAGACUGGCGGGAGCUGGAUGAUGACGUGAUGAGGAACUCUGUGCUGUACGUGGAUUCCAAAGAGGCUGCUAUGCGGGAAUCCGGAGAUGUUAUUUUAUCUGGGGCAAAGAUUUUUGCUGAGCUGGGCGAGGUGUUGCUGGGAACAAAACCAGCCCUGUGUGAGAAAACAACUGUGUUCAAAUCCCUUGGGAUGGCAAUCGAAGACACGGUUGCUGCAAAGUUGGUCUUUGAGUCCUGGUUGGCUGCCAGCUGAAAGGAAGAGGUCUGAGGACAUCCAGCCAAGUAGCUUUGUAGGCUGGUAAUUUCUUGAUCAGGAGAGCCUCUCACUAAUGACUGUAGAAGAA